GACAUGUCGAAUUUGGAUAAACAUCUUUUCAACCUAAAGUUUGCUGCCAAAGAACUGGAGAGAAGUGCCAAGAAAUGUGACAAGGAGGAGAAAGCAGAGAAAGCCAAAGUGAAAAAGGCCAUUCAGAAAGGCAAUAUGGAGGUGGCGCGGAUACAUGCAGAGAACGCCAUUCGGCAGAAGAACCAGUCGGUGAACUACCUGAGGAUGAGUGCACGGGUAGAUGCUGUUGCCGCCAGGGUACAGACUGCUGCAACUAUGAACAAGGUUACUAAAUCGAUGGCAGGCGUGGUGAAAGGCAUGGAUGCCACAUUGAAGAGUAUGAACUUGGAGAAGAUCUCAGGCCUGAUGGACAAGUUUGAGCGACAGUUUGAGACCCUGGAUGUGCAGACAGCACAGAUGGAAGACACGAUGAGCAGCACGACAACUCUCACCACUCCACAGAACCAAGUGGACUCGCUGAUGCACGAAAUGGCCGAUGAGGCUGGCUUGGAUUUGAACAUGGAGCUUCCCCAGGGUCAGACGGGGUCUCUCGGAUCAAGUGUUGCAUCUGCAGAGCAGGAUGAGUUGUCCCAGAGGCUGGCAAAACUGCGAGACCAGGUGUAGAAGAGCAGCGGCCUGCCAGUCACCGUCGGCGCCCUGGAACAUCUGUGGAAGACCUCGGUUUACUCUUGCAGGCCAACUGUCUCUUUGUUUGUCCUCUCAUCUGCCUCCUUAGGGAGCUAAAAAGAACUUGUUUUUCUGAGAAGUGACUCACGGUGUGGGGAAUGGCAGGGACCCUGCUGGUUUUUUCCCAGCAUGCUUCAUGAACGCUCAUUUGUGCUGCACAAAAAGAAUAACUGUACAUUUUAAAAAGCAUAUACAUUUUUGUGGGAGGGAUUAAACAUGCCUGUCUUUUUGACAGAUUUUUUUUAGAGACUUUCAUUAUGCAUUGAUUUUUGUGGGUGACAACAGGGUUUCAGGUGCCUGGAAUUAACAUGAUGGAGCUUUGACACUUUGGUUAAAAUGAAAAGGUAAAGAUCUUGCUCGUACCAUACGGAGAUGCCCUGCAACAUUCAUGAAAGGCGUAGUUUAAUAAAGAAGUAUGUCCCUACUAAACCAUGUUCCCCGUGCAUAAAGUUAAAUUUUACUUAAAAUGUACAAAAUACACUAUAAGUCAAAGGUUUUGGUGUGUGAAACUUGAUUAUAAUAUGCAUACUUUAUUCCUUUGGUCAGUUACUGAAAUUUAAAAAUCACGGUUUGUAUGUAUGUUAAUAUUUAUCACUUUUGCAUUGUAAUGGCAGAUUCUUUUAGCAU